AUGAAUUAUGUAAUGGAAAGAAAUAUUAAGUUACAAUUUUUUAUUAAAAUCGCUGUGUUUAUUCUGUUAUCUUGGACAUGCUAUUUAAAAGAUGAAGCUAGAACACUUAACAAAUCUUUGGAUGAAGAUUUCUAUCUUGGUAGUAACUUAAAUAUAAGAAAUUAUCGAUUACUAACAAGAUAUAAAUAUAAUAUGGAUUCAAUUAUUGUACUGUUAAAAGAUUUACUAAAUGAUGAAGAGUAUGAAAAGAAGUAUAUAUUUAAAAAUGAAGAGUGUUCUUCAAGUAAAAACAAACAGUCACAUAGAAAUCUAAAUUCGAUGCAGAAGAUAUGGAUUAUAAUUAUGAUAUAUCUGAUGAAAAUUAUUCGUAUUUUAAAAAAAAAAGGACCAAGAAUAGAGUAUGUUAAUUUUUUGGGAAAUAUGAGGAAAAAUAAUAAUAUAGGUUUAAGAAAAGGGAAAUUACAAAAAUGUGUAAUAAAAGCUACUAUGAUUUUUAUUGUUAUAUUGGUAGUAAUACGAACAUUAACAUUAAAAGUAGUAGGAGGGUGGUCAGAAAAUGAUAGUGCUAGAAAUUCUUUAAGGGGUGUUGGAUAUGUGAGGAGCGUAGGAUAUAUAGGAGCAGAAUUUUUCUUUAAUAUAAUAUCAUAUUCUAUACCUACCCUUAUAUUAUUUUUUGUGCUUGUACCAGGAAUACAUAAGAUUUUCAGAAAUAAGGGAAAAUAUAAAAAAUUUUGCUUAGGAAUAUAUGAAAUGAUUUGUAAGAAUAACUUUUUUUCUACAGAGAAAUUUUUAAUAAGAAGUAAUAUCUAA